AUGUCUUCCAUAGAUAUUAAAAAAGGUUGGAUUAUUGAUAUAGAGGCUACCAAUCACAUGGUAGCUGAUCUUGAUCUUCUUACCAGUUAUAUUAAACUAGACUCUACUAAGUCUAAAAGAGUAUUUUUUCCUACUGGUGAUAUAGCUAAUGUUACUCAUGUUGGCACAAGUAUGAUUAUUGCAGGAUAUAACAUUGACAAUGUUCUUUACUUGCCUAAGUUUAAGUUUAAUCUACUCUCAGUCUCACCGGAUCUCUACAAUGGGAAGGUGAAAGUGAUUGGCAGACAAGAAGAUGGUUUAUAUUUGCUGCCUUCAAUCAGUACAAAAUCAGUAAAAGCUGCAGAUUCCUGCUCCUUGUCUCAAUAUGAUCAUUCACUCUUCACAAAAAAGGCUGGAAAUGAUCUAAUAAUUAUUCUUGUCUAUGUGGAUGAUAUGUUGAUUACUGGAAGUAGCUUAAAAUUGCUAAAGGAAACCAAAGCUACACUACAUCAAGCUUUCAGAAUGAAGGACCUUGGGGAGUUGAGAUACUUCCUUGGCAUUAAGUUUGCCAGGUCUAAAGAAGGGAUUUUAAUGCACCAAAGUAAAUGCACACUGGAAUUAAUCUCUGAAUUGGGAUUAGGAGUAGCAAAACAAGCAGGCACACCUCUUGAACAAAUGUCAAGUUAA